AUGCGCCGCAGCGGCUGCCUCCUCUCAGGACUCCUCUUCAUCCUCAGCGUCAGCAGCACGGAUGGCUUUGCCCGGGCAGGCCGCAGAGUCUGUGCCAUGGCACCACGGAGCCAGACGGUCGCCUUCACCGAGUCCCACGUCCAGCCCGUCUACCAGCCCUACCUCACCACCUGCCAGGGCCACCGCCUCUGCAGCACCUACAGGACCAUCUACAAGGUUGCCUACCGGCAGGCGUACAGGCAACUGCCCCAGCCCGCGGCCUCGUGCUGUCCCGGCUGGAGCAGGGCUAACAGCCACGCGCUCAGCUGUGACAGAGCUCUUUGCUGGGUGCCGUGCCAAAAUGGUGGGACCUGCACCUUCCCUGGCAGAUGUGCCUGCAUGCCCGGCUGGACGGGGCCAGCCUGCCAGACAGACGUGGAUGAAUGCACCAGCCAGAGCCAUGGAUGCAACCAACUCUGUGUUAACACGGCCGGGAGCUAUCACUGUGCCUGCCGGGAUGGCUUCAGCCUUGCUGACGAUGACAAGGAGUGCCAGCCCCUGGUGCCAGCCCCUGAGCCAGAAACCUUCAGCCAAGCAGGUGCCCCCAGUGAAAUGAAGGAAGAAAUGAGCGAGUUGAAGAGCAGAGUGGAAGCGCUGGAGCAGAAACUCCAGUUGGUGCUGGCCCCCUUCCACAGCCUCAUGACAUCCGUGCCGGAGGACGUCGGCGCUGACCCCAUCAGCCGGCUGUCCCACUCCCUCCAGCAACUGGACAGGAUCGACUCCUUGAGCGAGCAGAUCUCCUUCCUGGAGGAGCGGCUGGAGACGUGUUCCUGCAAGAAUGAACUCUAG